AUGUCUACUACUAUCGCCGUCGCUGGUGGAUCGAGUGGUCUGGGUCGUGCAAUCGUCGACGCUUUGAAGGAAGACGGCCGCUAUGAAGUGCUGAUCUUCUCACGAAAGGAGAAUCCCGAAGUCGAAAAGGACAGCGGCGUCCGCGUCCUCGCAGCCGACUAUUCGAGCGUAGACGCACUUGUAACGCUCCUUGAAGCAAACAAUGUAGCAGUGCUGAUCACAACCGCCAAUGUAAUGGUAGAUCCGACGCCGGAGUUCAAUAUGAUCGAAGCGGCUGCACGAUCGCGCGUCACGAAGAGGUUCAUCCCCAACGCUUGGAGCGCGCUAGAGUUCAAAGAUGAGCCCAGGUUCCAGAAUUUUCCCCUUGCUCAGGGCAAGCUCCAGGCUUUUGCGCAGUUGAAGAAAACCGAUCUAGAAUGGACGGCCAUCUACCCAGGUCUAUUCAUGGAAUACGUUACAGAAGGCCUCCCCUCCACCCUCACGAUCAAUACCCUCAUCAUCGACGUCAAGAACAACGCCGCAGGCAUCCCGAACAAUGGCGAGGGCAAAAUCACCCUGACGUACUCUCGCGAUAUCGCGAAGUACAUUCUCAAGCUCCUGACUUUGGAAAAGUGGGAACAGGCGUACUUUGUCGUGGGGGACGUCAAAUCGUGGAACGAGAUCGUUGCUGCCGCUGAAAAGGGCAAGGGCGCCAAGUUCAGCGUGACCUACGACUCCGUUGAGAAGUUGAAGAGAGGUGAAGUGACGGAGUUGCCGGGACAUGCUAGGUCGUAUGAACUGUUCGGUGGGAGGGAGAACGCUUUGCCAGUCGUGCAGGGGCUGUUCGCGCAGUACGGACUGUGGAUGGACGAGGGCAUCUUCACGUAUCAAAGCGGGGCGAUGUUGAACGACUUGUUCCCUGAGAUCAAACCUUUGAGACUCGAGGAGGCAUGGAAGAUCGCUGGCGGAAAGGCUUAG